CAAGCGUAGAUAAUUUAAUUUCCUUGCUCUCUUCUUUUCUAUCUAUUGUAUUCAUUUCAUUAAGGAUGGCCAAGUGUGCUGCCAUUUUUACAGUGCUGUUGCUUCUCUCUGUGUUUGCCUCCCUCUCCCAGGGGCGCACCACUAGAGUGGUGAUGGCAGAGGAGAUGAAAGUAGUGGUGAGUAGAGUAAUCUGCCCAGCAUGCGUUUGCUGUGAACCAGCCGCAAAUUCCAACACCUGCUGCAGAUGUUGCGCAGCCCCCAUUGAAACGCAAUCACAGACUUCUAAUCCAUGAGACCACCAUAUAUUCUUUUUUAUUUGCUUAUGCAAUAAAUAAUGGUGCUAUUAUAACACCACUUACAUUCUAAAUCUGUUACUGUGGAUUAUCUGAAUGUAUCAAAACAUAAGGACGUAUAGUUUAUACUGUUCGUAUUUGUAUUUGGCCUAAAAUAUGUUGCUUCAAAAGCGUAAUUUUAAAUCAAUCUUUUCGGUAAAUUUAGUUAAAGAUGAAUCUGAUCUUUUUCAGUGUU